GUUAUCGUCUCCUCUAUCUUUAGUGCACUUUGCGUGAAGUCAAGAGUUAGUAUCACAUUCUUUUCCCCCUAUCGGAUGACAUUAAAACGGUUUGGUGGAGGGAAUCCGAGGUGGGUUUUGUGAAAUCUUGCAUGGAUUGAGUAAAAACUUUUCGAUGAAACCGAUUUAGGUCCUGAAUUUGACAGAGAUUCCAGAUAUUUUUAUUAUUAGCACUGAAAAUGUGUUUUAGGUCGUGAAGGAAAAGGGUUUUUAGUUGAAUUUGAUUCAGAAGGCUUUAUGAAAUUAUGAUUUUUGGGGAUGAGAUGCAUUGGGUAUGUAGAUUUUGUUGAGGUUUUGUCGUUUCAGUGAGGAGGAGGAGGAGUGGAUGGCUGUGGUAAGCAAAACAAGAAAUAUGCUGGAGGGUCUCGUAAGAGACGGAUCAUUCAAGUGGUUGCUUGGCAAUCAGACUUCCUUUGAUGAGGAAUUUGAGGAAAUGGCAAAGUCCCCGUCCGGUCGAAAGAAUUGGCUCCCUGAGCUCUCUCCAAUGGCGAAUGUAAUUGUUCGCCGGUGCUCAAGAAUUCUUGGCAUUUCUAUGGAAGAAUUCCGUGAAAACUUCAACUCUGAGGCUUCUGAUUCUAUUAAGCAUCCAUCUCGGUUUGCGAGGAACUUUCUGGAAUAUUGUUGUUUCAGAGCUCUUGCUCUCUCUACCCAGAUGACUGGUAAUCUUUCUGAUAAGAGGUUCCGGCGCCUAACAUAUGACAUGAUGCUAGCCUGGGAAACUCCUGGUGCUGCAAGCCAACCUUUACUGACGGUUGAUGAGGAGAGUACUGUUGGACGUGAGGCUUUUUCUCGAAUAGCUCCUGCAAUUCCUGCAAUUGGUGAUGUGGUUACCUGUGACAAUCUUUUUGAAGUGCUUGCAGCAUCUACUGGGGGUCGGCUUUAUUUCUCUGUUUACGAGAAGUACCUUAUCGGAUUGGAAAGGGCAAUUAAAAAAUUGAAGACCCAAUCAGAAUCAUCUCUUCUUUCGGCCUUUCGAUCGUCAAAUGGAGAAAAGAUCCUUGAGAUAGAUGGGACUGUCACUACCCAACCAGUUCUCCAACAUGUUGGGAUUUCUACGUGGCCUGGUCGGUUAACUUUGACUGAUCAUGCACUUUACUUUGAGGCUCUACGAGUUGUCUCCUAUGAUAAGCCAAAAAUAUAUGACUUAUCCGAUGAUUUAAAACAGAUUGUCAAACCUGAAUUGACGGGACCAUGGGGUACACGACUUUUUGACAAGGCAGUCAUGUACAAAUCAAUCUCAUUAUCAGAACCAGUUGUGAUAGAGUUUCCAGAGUUGAAAGGACAUACUCGUCGUGAUUAUUGGUUAGCCAUUAUUAGAGAGAUCCUUUAUGCUCAUGAGUUUAUUCGGAAGUUCCAGAUCGAGGGAUUUCAACGGAAUGAAGUUCUUUCAAAAGCUAUACUUGGAAUUCUGCGAUUACAAGCUGUUCAAGAAGUAGGUCCUGCUGUUCCUUUUCGCAGUGAGACACUUCUGAUGUUCAAUCUCUGUGAUCAUCUUCCAGGAGGUGACCUAAUACUGGAAACACUUGCUAGGAUGUCAGCCUCACUGGAAUCAGACAGGACUAACAAUUUAAGCACUGGAAGUGGAAUGCGUUCAAUAUCUGCUUUAGCUAUGCUAUCUAAUUUGGGGAUUGCAUUGGGAACAAGUUCAACUGUUUCUGAAGCAGGACUUGCUGUGGGUGAGAUGGUUGUGGGGGAUACAACUGCGUUAGAAAGAGCAGUCAGGGAGUCCAGGACGAGCUUCAAGAAAGUGGAGUUAGCACAAGCAACAAUUGAUGGAGUUAAAGUAGAGGGUAUUGACACCAAUCUGGCAGUGAUGAAGGAAUUAAUUUUCCCCGUGGUGGAACUUGGAAAGUAUCUUAUUUUCCUGGCAUCUUGGGAUGAUCCUUUUAAGUCCUUGGUGUUUUCCUCUGUUUCAAGUUAUGUCAUUUUCAGGGGAUGGCUAGGAUACGUAUUUGCACUGGUCCUUUUGUUUAUUGCAGUGUUUAUUGUGCUUACACGAUGCUGUAACCAAGGGAGACCUGUUGAUGAGGUCAAGGUAACGGCCCCACCAACAAUGAACACAAUGGAGCAACUUCUGGCAGUUCAGAAUUCAAUUUCCCAAAUGGAAGAGCUUAUGCAGGAAGGGAACAUUGCUCUCCUCAAGUUACGGGCAUUGCUCUUGUCUGCUUUCCCUCAGGCAAGUGAAAGAGUUGCUGUUGCAUUGUUGUUCAUGGCUUUGAUUCUGGCUAUCCUACCUGGUAAGUACAUCCUCCUCCUCAUUUUUUUAGAGAUCUUUACAAGGAAUUCACCUGUAAGGAAAGCGAGCACAGAAAGGUGGACAAGGAGGCUGAGAGAGUGGUGGUUCAGCAUACCAGCUGCUCCUGUUGUGCUUGAAGGAAGCAAAGAGGAGAAGAAAAGGAAGUGAAAUACUACAUGUAAUUAUGUUGAGUAAUGUGUAUAGAGUAUGUGUUAUAUUCUGUGGAGAGAUGAGUGCUCAGAGGAGUCUAUCAAUCUUCAGAA